AUCCCAUUUUCUGAGUUAGGCCGAUUUACCGAAUCAAGCUUCAGAGGCGAUUCGGUCUCGACGACCGAUCUGACGACAUUCCUUAGACCAGAAGUUCCCUUCCCCUCCGUUUCCGUCGUUCGCCUGUACUCGGGACUCGAAUUUUCCGGGCAAAAGAUCGACGUAGAUCUCCUUUUUUGUGGAAAGCGGGGUGCAGAGGGCUCGAUGGGUUUCAUAGGAGAAACGUUGGACUCGAUUCGGUCGCUGCAGAUUCGGCAGGUGGUUUCUCAGGCAAUCAGCCUCGGGAUGAUCGUUACAUCUGCUCUAAUAAUAUGGAAGGGGUUGAUGUGCGUCACCGGGAGCGAAUCGCCCGUUGUCGUGGUUCUUUCCGGAAGUAUGGAACCUGGGUUCAAGAGGGGUGAUAUACUAUUCCUGCGUAUGAGCAAGGAUCCUAUUCGAGCUGGAGAGAUUGUUGUCUUCAAUAUUGACGGGAGAGAAAUUCCAAUUGUUCAUCGGGUAAUCAAGGUUCAUGAGCGGAGUGACACUGGUGAAGUGGAUGUACUAACAAAAGGGGAUAAUAAUUUUGGAGAUGAUAGGCUUUUAUAUGCCCAUGGCCAGCUCUGGCUUCAGCAGCAUCACAUUAUGGGUAGAGCUGUUGGGUUUUUACCAUAUGUUGGCUGGGUUACAAUCAUUAUGACUGAAAAGCCCAUUAUCAAGUACCUUCUCAUUGGAGCCUUAGGACUGCUCGUCAUAACGUCGAAGGAAUAAAAGCUCACUGUUAGGCCUUCUGUGAGUUGUAGGUAGUUGGUGGGUCAGCUUCUCUGAGGUCAAAGCUUUUUCGCUGCAGAAAAUUGAAAGUAAUAGGUCGGUGAUUUAGAUUAUAGUCCUCAAAACUAUGAAUAGGGGGAUGCCCCUUAUGAUCUAUGAACUUGUAUGUUCAAUACAAGCGGACAGGCAGAACUUCGUUUUCUUGGUAUCUUGCAUAUUCUUCAUUUUCUA